UGCAAACGAGCAUAUUCCAUGCUUUUUCGUGUAUGCGGUGUAUACGCGAUCUCUUUAACAGUAUCGUAGAGGUAUUUUAAUAUAAUAACGAUGCUGAUACGUCAGUUCCUAUGCAGGAAAUUAUUAUGGCACACCUCGUGCAACAGUUUCGCGCCCGUUCGAUACACGCAGAGCGCGAGUCAGUAUGCAUUGGACGCAGUGUCUAACCUCGAAAUACGGCUGCCAGUGCCUAAAGAAAAACAACCAUCACGGCAACCGUUCGCCAAGAAUUUAUUUCUUGGCGUGUUCGAUCAUGAAUUCAUGUACUAUCCCGAGCCACAGACCAAAGAAAGGCAUACGCGGUUCUUCGAGUGGCUCCAGCCCAUUGAAAAGUACAUGUCUGAGAGUAUGGAGGAUCCACAAAGUGUCAAAAAGGAGGAAAUUUUGUCUCAUAUGAGGGAUAUGGGCGUCUUUCGAGCAAACGUGAGCGAGCAGCAUCUUGGUUUGAAUCUCAACCAGACAGAACAGGCCAAGCUAGUGGAAGUACUCAGUUGUUUCCCCUGGUUGGGUUCUUAUAUGAUUAAGAAUCACAUUGCACCCCUUCAAAUCAUUGACUGGCUGGCAACGGAUGUACAGAAGACAAAGUAUUUACCAAGGAUAACAACUGGAGAAUUUGUUCCCACGGUGUGUUUUACUGAACCCGAGAAUGGAUUAAAUGUUAACACUAUCAAUACUGUAGCUACAGCAACAGACACUGACACACAUUGGACAUUGAAUGGUGAAAAAGCGUUUGUAGCCAAUGGACAUGAUGCAAAUUUGUUUCUUGUCUUUGCUGAGUGCAGCUAUUCGGGUGCCUAUACAGCAACCAACAGCAGUACGCCCAAUUCACUUUCUGUAUUUUUAGUAGAGCGAGAUUUCGGUGGGAUUACGUGUAAGGAUGUUAAGAAUUUAGCUGGACUUCACAAUAGUCCUGCGUGUACAGUUAGUUUUAAGGAUACCAAAGUUCCCAGAGAGAAUCUUUUAGGUACAGUGAUGUCUGGAAAGAACAUACUAAUCGAUUCGCUGGCUCCUGGAAACAGAAACAUUGCUCCCCAAGCGGUGGGCGUAUUAAGAGCUUUCGUGAAGUUGUUAACAAGGCAUGUACUCCAGAGGAAACAUUUGGAUCAAAAUCUGCACGAAUACGAAGGAGUUCAAGAGGUAAUAGGUAAAAUUGCGUCCAUUUUGUACAGCAUGGAGAGCAUGCUGUACCAUACCACUGGGAUGAUAGACACAUUUGAGAAUCAAGAUUGCGCACUUGAGAAAGCCAUGGUGGAAACGUACUGCGCGAACGAGUGCGUUGCGUGUAUUUAUGAAGGACUGCGAAUAAUCGGAGCACAGAGCUACUUGAGAGAAAACCCGUACAUACAAAUCUUCGAAGAUGCCUUGUCGUACUCGCUAUUUGACAAUUCCAAUAUCGAUUCGGACACGUAUAUAGCUCUACUUGGUAUACAACACACGGGCAAACAUCUCCGCGAGCACAUACUAAGGAUACGCAAUCCCUUCAAUUUCCCGCAGCACAUACUGAAGUGGGCCACCGGUAAGGAAUAUCGAUUGAAACUUUAUAUCGCCGAUCAUAUGCAUCCGUCUUUAAUAGACGGUGGCAGAGUGUUAGAAGAUUGCAUCACCAAGCUGCAAAACGCCUCGGUGCAUAUGUUACAACGUCACGGCACUGAAAUAUCGGGACGACAAAUGGUGCUGCGUAGAUUAGCCGAGCUAGCGACGAGAACGUUUGCACUAGUAACUGUUCUCUCGCGUACUUCCAGAGCAUACUGUAUCGGUGCGAGAAACAGCGAACAGGAUCGACACGUGGCCGGCAGCUUCGCAAUUCUCACCAUAGAUAGAAUCAAGGUUCUCGCCGAGGAAAUCGCUGCGGAAGACUGGAACAACGGCAAUCAGUGUCACAGAACUGUUGCCGAACUCGUCUACAACAAGAAAGACUAUUUCGCCGAACAUCCGUUAAACAGAACUUACUAAACAUUUACCGGAUUUCGGUAUGCUUUAGAACGCAAAUCCACGUAACGGAAAAGAGGAUAAAAAAUUGUUUAAAAUUGUGCGCUCCGAAUCUAAGAGACAUUACAAGAGUAUAUAAAUUAUUUUCAAUCUAAUUGUUUUUUAUUUCGUAGUUAACAUGUGACCACUGUAAGUACACUGUAAAGAUAUAUAUAUAUUAUAUAAAAUUGAUUCUCGGAAAACAAAGAAUACACAUUGUGUUCCACCGAGGUUUCUGUAUUUAUAUAUCAGUAGCAAUUGUACAGUUAUCUGUACAUGUAUCUUACAUACUAUAAGAUCGAGUUGAAAAGUAAAAUAAAUGCUCUUAAUCAGA